AGCAAAUAAUCAAACAAUAAAAGACAUGACUACUAUGAAACUUGAACAAUAGAAAACAUUGAUUCUGGAUAACAUUUCACAAGUGGCAAGUUUGUAAGUUACAUUACUGUUUCCCAGCUGGAUUUGUAUCUUUCUUAAAACUUGCCACUGUAUUCAAGGAUUUUUUAGAAUAUGCUGCUGUUUAGUGCUAAAAAGAGAAGUCUUCAUUUACUAAAAGAAAAGAUCUUGGAUAAAAAGUAAAAAUAAUGUUUUCCUUAAGUUAGAAAAGAGGCCUCCACUGCCAUAUUAAAAGGGCUAAUAUUAUCUUUUUUUAAAGUUAAUAAUGAAACCUAAACUUUGAGGCAGCAGAAUUAACUUGUUUAAAGAACGUGCAAUUUAACCUGAGAUCUCUAUGCUUUUAGAUUUUACUAAACGUAUGCCAAAUUAUUCAACUGUUAGCCUUUUAACUAUUUUUACAUUCCCCUUUCUGCGCUUUCAAACUGCAGUAAGAAACCUAAGAUUCUUGGAAAUAAAUGAAUAUAAGCGAGCGAAGGCAAGAAACUGGAGGAGCCUUCCAGUUCUCAACAGGUGAGCGCCUGCAAACAAACGCCAAACAAACGUCCAAAGUCAGAGAGCCAGCUCCAAAGUCAACUUUGGAUUGAGAGAGAGAGAGAGAGAGAGAGAGAGAGACUGUGGUCGAUAGUGAUAAUGAUGACGACAACGACGAGGAUGGAUAGUAACGGCUGCCGCCAGGCUCCCUGCGCGCGCCUUUAGAAUACUGGCAGCUGCCGAGGAGGCGGUUAGCUGUUUCUCCGCCAUAAACGUUCGGGCCGUCACUUAGCCGGGCUGUCCCGUCCGGUUCCCUCUCGAGACCGCUCUAGCGCUCGCGGGAACGGUCGGCGCUACUCCUGCUCCCGGGCAUGGCAUCUCCCAAGUAUUUUAACAAAUGGAAACUAAGAGAUUGAUUGGUAAGCACCUCCAGCCAGCAAGAUCUCUGUGCCUCUCUUCUCGUGCAACCUUAGCCACAGUAUCAACAGACUCUGGAAGCUUUCAGGCUGACUUUCCGUGCAGUGCGUCUGUCUUUUUACAUAAUGAAAUUAGUUCAAUAUGUAAAUCUAAUGGAAUGCUGGUUUUAAAUGACAAUAUGAUUCCUAGUCUGUCAGUACAGCAUAAAAAUGAAGUCACAAAAGAAAGAAUAACUUAUAGCAGAGAUUUCCUUCUGAAACUUUCAGGGGUUUCACUUGCCCAAAAGAAGCCAGAAUUUCUUCCUGAUCAUCCUAUUGUACUGGAAAAGCCGAAAAAUUAUUGUUUAUUACCUGCUACAAGCAAUGAUAGAUCUUUCUGAAGAUAAAGAAUGCGUCUCUUUUCACCAUUUAAAAAAAAUUAAGGAAAAGUGAUCUGUAAUAUCAAUAGACUGAAUUCAGAUGUAUCUUUUACAGUUGGUGUAAUCAUCAGUAAAGCUAUAUUCAAGCAAAAAUGUAUGUGAAUCAACUUCAACUGUUGUCUGAUUCUGAAUUAGUAUUAUAUUAAAUUUUUUGUAGUGAUAGAUAAAGGAAACAAUUGCUAAAGUGAAGUAGGAUCAUUAUCACUUAUCAAAUAAGUUGCAGUAGAUUUUACAUCCUAAUAAGUGUGAGGCUUAUUCCUUAUCAUUUAUUAUAGCAAAAUGCCAAGUGUUAGGAACAUGCCAUAUGUUUAACUGCUAUAAACUGCUCAUGUUUAGUGGCUAUUUGCAUUUUGACUAGAUGCCAACUCAUAUCAUAAACUAAACUGAGUUGGGGAACAUGGACACACACAUAACUUCUGUUUCCAUGCACCAAUCUGCUUGCUAGAUUGUAGAAUCUUUUAACAUCAAUAUGUACAAAAAAUGGUAUAAACACAUGGAAUCUUUGAGGAUCUUCAAGACAAACAUUUAAGUGGUAAGUAGCAAAACACAGCCAUCAAAGAUGUGGAUUAUCCCAUAUCCUUAUGUCCCAACUUAAUUAGUUGCAUAGAGGCAAUGCUUGUAUGGGACUGUUUUUAUAUUACAAAUCUUUGUAUUUGUCUUUUUGUCAAAUGUUUAAAACUUUCAAUUCAGUUAUUAGGGUUUAGGUGUUACCUCAUUUUUGAAAGUAUUUUUAAAAUAUUUUAAGUUAUUGUGUUAGCUGUUAAUAAUUUGAUCUCUACAUCUGACAUUUCCCCCUCCCUUUCCCAGAUUUUGCUGUACUCGUUUUUCCACAUUUUUUUCUAGCAUUUUCCCACAACUGCAGAGUCUACUUUUUUUCAAAUCAACCAAGUGUUGAUCUAUUUGGUUGUGAUAGGAAUUGAUCAAUUGAUUUGCCACCAGAGCCUGAUAUCAUGGGUUGACAGAGAGUAACUGGAUCAAAGUCACCCAGCCAGCUUUCAUGUUUAAGGCCGCACUAGAACUCACAGUCUUCUCGUUUCUAGCUGAUGCUUACGUUUUGGAACUACUAGAUCAAACUGGGUUUCACUUUCUUUUCUACAUGAUAGCAUCUAAAUAGUUAACAAGAUUUUGAAUUCAAAGAUACAUCUAGUCCUCUAGUACAAUGGUCCUCCUAACCUAGAGGUAGGCAACCCAAAACACUCAAAGAGCCACUUGGACCCGUUUCCCACUAAAAAUAAAACACCGGGAGCCGCAAAACCCUUUUGAUAUCUAAAAUGAAGAUAACACUGCAUAUAU